GUGGACGCCUGUCACUGAUGUCUAUAGCCUUGUGGGUAGAGUAUCACGUGAAGCAUAUCCAACCGUACUGUCAGCGUCAAUAGCCCGCAAACUCAAUCGUGAAGGUCUCUUAGGUCACAACCGAGAUAUGGAGAAUGGUAUGGCUCGACAGGGUGAGUAAGAUUGGAGAUGGUAGGAUGAGUGCAAGUCGCAGCACGAGCCAUCCAAUGCAUUCCCCUCGCUUCGACGCAGUCACCUCAGUGUGUCACCCAUCUGCAACAGAAUGGCUGGCCCACCUACCCUCGCACUUCGAAGACAGCUAAAUAGACUAUGUCGUCUGAAUCUUCCGCGCGCCUACGCUACCGAAACCACAAAGCCAACACCCACCCCCGAAGAGGCAACCCGCUUCCUGCAAACCCAAGACCAAGCCGCGCUCCGUGACUUCCAACAAAAGCUCGACACCCUCACCGACCACGUCAAAAAGAUCUCCGAACACCUCUCCACCCAGCCCACGGCCCUCCCAGGCAUAACAAUCUCCGACCCAUCCAAACACCACGCCAACACCAGCACCAACACCAACACCCACAAACGCAAAACCCACAUCACGCCCAUCCCAACCUACACCCUAAGCCACACCCGCACCCAAACCCACCUCGCCCACACCCUCGCCGACAAAGUCCUCGCCCAAAUCGAGCACGUCUCGAAGCACAACGACGACCUCCUCGCGCAACCCUACGCCAAACCGAGCAACAUCGCCGGUCUGGACGAGUGGACGCGCGAUGUGGCCGCCAUGACGGAAGGGGAGAUGGAGGAUGAGUAUCGGAGUUUGUUGUUGGAGGAGGAGACGCAGGUGAAGCGGGGGGAGCGGGAUAGUGUGGCGCUUUUGGAGUUGGUCAAGCAGAUUGAGGCGAUGGGGAGGAAGGGUUUGGGGGUGGAGGAUUUGGAGCGGGAAGGGAAGGUUAGGAAUCCCUUUCGGAAGUCUGAUGGUGGUGGUGGUGGUGGUGAUGGUGGGGAGAGUGUGAAGGGUCGUGCGAGCAUUGCCACGGGUGAUGGCGCGACUGAGGGCGGUGGAGAAGGUGCGAAGGGUCAUGGAAGGGCGGUGACGAGUGAUGAGGGGCUGCGUAGUGAGGUCAAGAUUGCUAAGCCAGCUCCGUCCAACACACUGAUGGAGAUGCAAAGAAGGCUGGAGGAGGAAUUGAAGAAGUCGAAGAAACCCGGCUGAACACGACGAGGCCUGGACGACUAUCCUGCUACCUAUUCGAGUGACAACUUAUAUGUACAUUCCGGGUAUACAAGCCUUCCUCAUGGCCCGCACCUUCCUGCA